AUGGCAAGCUCUUGUAACGAUGAAAUCUUUUGGCAUCACAAGUCUUGCGUUAAAAUAGGUGAAAUUGAACGAUAUAUCAUCACGUAUCAACUCUAUGACGAUGAAGAAGGGCUCCCAGCAGAUUUAUCCCUAAAUUCGCUUUGGCUGAGGGUUAAAAACAUUGAAAAUCUGACAUUUCGAGCAGCGUAUCUGAUGGGACCCUAUCUGCUCUACUGCGAUCUCCGAACUGAAGAAUAUCAUCAUUCGCAACAUCUUUUUGUUUCUGCAGACCAGCCAAAGUUCGAGCCAGCACUGCAACCUCAACAAGACUUCUACGUUGAACUAUCUUUGCAUAAUCUCAAGAAAAAAUAUGUGUGGAUUCUGGAUAUAGCAAGUCAGAUUAUCUUCACAAACACGAGCCAAAUCGGAUUUGAGAUCUCUAUUGGGUCAACCAGGAAAAGUCUCGAAAAUGCAGAGUUUGGUGGUCAUCUGUCGACAAGUUCAGCUAGUUCUAAACUAAGUGUAACACGACUGGACACUUUGGAUCAAUGGAAUCUCGGUGACCAUGUGUCUUCUCAAGCUAAUCAGAAGCAACAUCUAGUGGUCUUGACUCAUGGGUUGCAUUCGAACGUCCCAGCCGACCUUCUUUAUGUCAAAGAACAGAUUGAAAAAUGCCAAAAGUACUACGGAGACGAGCAAAUCGUCGUCAAGGGCUUUACUGGCAACGUAUGCAAAACUGAGAAAGGCAUUAAGUAUCUGGGCACGAGGCUAGCCGAGUACGUGGUCCGCGAAUUAUACAACGAGCGAGUGACCAAAAUAUCGUUUAUUGGCCAUUCGUUGGGAGGUCUUGUUCAGACAUUUGCAAUUGCAUACAUCAAAGUGAACUUCCCCUGGUUCUUCGAACAAGUGCAGCCCACGAAUUUUAUUACCUUGGCAUCUCCACUGCUUGGUAUUGUGACUGAUAAUCCGGCAUAUGUAAACAUUUUGCUGUCUUUUGGCAUUGUCGGAAAGACAGGACAGGAUUUGGGUCUCAAAGAACAGUCGGAGAGUGAAAAGCCGCUGCUUUUUUUUCUUCCGGGAGAGCCCACCAAAACAAUCUUGAAGAAGUUCAAGCGCCGUACCAUUUACGCUAAUGCAGUAAAUGAUGGUAUUGUUCCGCUUUACUCAGCUUCAUUGCUCUUCUUGGAAUACAAAGAAAUUCUGAGUCAACUGCAAAAAACACCAGAUGUUGGUCAAAAGCUAGUGACCACCACGCCAGGUGAAUUUUUCAUGAAGAAUUUCAUCUCUCCAAUCUCCAAGGCAAUCAGUUUGUGGGCUCCUCAAAAGUUCCCAGAUGACGGCAUUUCUAAAAUUCCUAAAGUCUCUGUGAUAGAAUCUGCCACGUCCAUCUUGAUUCCACCAAUUCCAGAUAAAGCAUAUAUCAUGGACCCCGCAACCCGAGCAAAUGUUAUUAUUCAUGACAAGAUAUACACGGAAUCUGAUAUUCCGGACCGCAACUCCAAUUCGGAAGAGGAACUGCUAGGUAGCAAUAACGUACUUUUACGCACCUUUGUUGCGAAUUCGGAGAAAUCUCACCAGAAACUGGAGGAAGAAAUUGCGAGACGUUGGCACGAGGGUCUAAGCUGGCGUAAGGUCAUAGUAAGCCUCAAGCCCGACGCUCACAAUAACAUCAUUGUGCGGAGACGGUUUUCUAACGCGUAUGGGUGGCCCAUAAUAGACCAUUUGAUUCAAAACCACUUCAAUGGCGUAGAUAAUGAAGAGCCUGUGCCCACUGUUGAGUCUCAACCAGCAGAAAGUGUUUCGUCGAACAGUGACGGCAAUUGGGUGAACUCUGCAGAUAAAAAGAGUAUUUUUGACGUGGGGCCAACGGGGAUGAUAUCAACCGUGACUGAAAUGUUGGAUUCAUUGGGCAAAAACAGACCGCUACUGGAUCGUAAUGUGAACUCAUCUCGCAGGCGAGAGAAUAAUUUCAGUCAAGAUCAGUUGUUUAGGUAUGAGCUCGAAGAAAAUGAGCUUGGCGGUGUUCCUUUAUAA